GGAUUUUAUCCUAUGAUAUUGAGUUGUACAGGUACAACAGUUGCAGUGUAAUCAAGUUUCAGUGAAUACGCACGUUAAAAUUUAUGAAAAUCUUGUAAUUUUUACAUAAUAACUUCAAAAAUCACCAACUGUGGCAAUGACACAACUGAUGUGGAUUGCUGCGGCGGCCAUCUUGUUGUCAUGCGGAUGGGUCCACGCCUCGGCCAACACCGGCUCCAAUGUGGCUGAUACUUUAAGGAUAUGUUACAAUACAACUGAAUUAUAUCAUCCGGAACAACGUCUUCCGGCUACCAUCAAUAUGUUUAUUGAUCUUAUCAGGCAGAUUGAAGAUGGCGCACCUAACUUGGACGCAAGGACACUAUCAAUUCAACUUGCACAUCGUUUCCGUCAAGAUGGUAUCCAAAAAUCAUAUUAUGCAAACCCUAAUAUCAACGUGUUACCCUUUUCCCCGAAAGGUGAAGAGGCCAACAAGAACCGUGUUAUGUUAGAUAAACUGCUACCAAAUGUUGGAAGUACCUUCCCAGACAAUACUCUAACUUUGGUUGAACAUUGUGCAAUGCAUUUCAUGAGUUCCAACACUGUAGAACUUAAGGUACGAGGUGAUGAAAGUACUGUCUGUAAACAUGCUGGACAAUAUCGUCGUCGUCCGAGACAAGCCAAAAACGUCACAAAACCUGAACGAGAAGAAUUCGAAGAAACGAGUGCCCUUCAAGAACCCGCAGUAGAACGUGUGAAUAUAAACAUUGGACGUAGUGGUGGUCUAAACAGUGACGAGGUGAGUGAUUGCCCUAUGGAAAACGGUGUGGUCUACACCCGUUGGGGAGAAAUACAAGCUGGUACCCUUUUGGCCGCCAUUGCAUCAGGUUUCGAAACGCAGAGUUUUGUUCAGGAUGAUAUUGUACUUGAUAGCAAAUAUGCUGUUACCGUUGCAGGUGAUUUAGUAGAGGUAGCUUUCCUGGAAGGAUCAACAGAAGACAAGUUCAGUAUUGGUGCCAAAGGUGGUUUUAACAGUACCCUCGCCCCACAUUACUACUUCAAACAAGGUAAACCAAGAGUUUUUCUUACCAACCCGGAACUCCGAGCGGAUUUGGACGGUUUGAUCCUUGCUUCUAAUGUUCGGGCCUGGAGUGAUAAGUAUCGUAACCUGAAGGUGUCCCAGAUCCUGGAUGCUUAUUAUUCCGAUCGUGGUGUGUUCUCAACUGAGUACAGGGCAUGUAACAGGAAUAAAUUUAAUGCGCAAUACGCACCUUCUGAGAUUCUCAAACAACAAACCGUGGCGUUUGCUGAGCUGUACAACAAGGACACCACUUUUGGUGUCUCACCUGAUUCGGAAAACAUCAAGAGUUUAACGUCUAGAGCUGUUGAUGCUUAUAACAAUGGAAUAGCUCAAAUAGCAAAUGUAAUAUGCGAUUAUGAUAACCUGGACAGAACUGCUACAGACUUGAUCAUUGUUUUGGAUACCACAUGGUCCUUUGAUUAUGUCCAUCGUACAAUAUCUUAUAUCCUUGAUAAUUUGGAUAUUAAUAAGUAUGAGAGUAAUUAUACUGUGGUCAAUGCUAAAGAUGGUACCAUCAUGGUAAACUCCACCUGGAGUAUUUCCAAGUUUGCUCAGUAUGUAAACAGGACAGUUUAUGAUAACAGUGCGAAAGGUUUUGAUUCCUAUAAAUCAAUGUUAGCUGUUGAAGACCUUCAUGAACAGCGUGCCCUGAUGCACCAGGAUAAAUCAAAGUUGAAUGGGAAAUCAUCAACGGUACUCUUCAUGCCAAAGACAACAGAUUCCUCUCAGGGAAGUACGAUUUCCAGCAGAUUUAGUUCUGUUAUGGAUAAUUACUAUCCAGGUUCCCUGCAUAUUGUUCUUGGAACUGGUAGCCGUGAAGUUUACAACAAUUUCGUCCGGAAUCCUUCCUCGGAUAUUUUCAUCGUACCUGAAAGUAUUCCCAGUUCCGAAACUGAUGUAAAAAUGACUCUGGACAACUUAAUUCAUCGUCUACGUGAAGCUCCCAGGAAGAUCAUCAACCCUAAAUGUGGAAGUUCCAUGUCUGGUGGUACCAGCUCGGAUACAAUGGAAGUCUACGUCGAACCAGGGACUACCAACUACUACAAGGUGUCCAAACAGUUCAUUUCCGGCGAGGGUACCAAAACGUUGAAAUUCAGGUCGCAGGCCAAUGGCAACCUCACCAUCUGUUCAAGCAAAGACGAUGAUAAACCAACUGAAAACUGUGUAGUCCUGGGUUCUGGUGAACAAAGCAUUGAAUUGACUUCCGGUAGUGAUUUCAAUUUUGCAUUGGUCGCUGGUCAUACCACAGAGACUUCAAGCGCUCGUUGCGCAGAUAACGGUUGUCGUUUCACUGACAACCUCAAGGUCACCGUACAAAUCGAUGGUUUCAGCUGCAGCGAUCCAAACUCUGGGAUGAAACUUACCAGCUCAUUCACAUGCAUCAUGACCGUUAUGAUUAUCAGUUUUAUCAACAAAUUUUAUUAAUAUAGUAUACUGUCGCUUUUCAUAAACUUAUCCAUAUUUAAAUAAAACUUUUAUACUAAAUUUUAA